GGCCCUCGCCUGGCCAGGUGGGCGGAGGUCCCCUAGGCUGCCGUGGGGGCGAAGGGGCCCGGGCCCCCCUCUGGCCUGCCCGCCGGGUCUUCCUUCAGCAUCGCAGGCCAAGGCCACGGCUGGCUCCCUGGGCCCGGCCUUCCUUUGAGAGGGGCGGGCUGGCUGGCUGGCUGAGCGAGGCCCCUCGAGGCCCCGGACGGAGACCCCGGGUUGGUUGCUGGGAUGUUCCCUUCCCUCCUCCUCCUCCUCCCCGCGUGAGGAGCCCCGCCAGAUGCUUUGGGAGGUCUCCCCAGAUGGGUUUGCACAGCCCUCUGGCUGCCGUUUGGGUCACCAGACCCAGGUCUCCUGCUCAGCUGAUCCGAAGGGGGCCCGUGGCUGAUGGAAGGCGAAAAGGGCUCCAAGUCAAGCCCUCCCCCCCUUUAGAAGGAUUCCCCAUCUCAGGAGGCCUCAACACCUGCCUGCAGCUCUCAGGAGCGACUUGCUGGCCAGGGGGGCCUCUGAGAUUUCCACUCCGGCAGCAGUCCCAGAAGUCAUGCAGGCCACAGCCAAAAUGCCGGUUGUGGGAAAUGGCAAGAUCAAUACAGGCCUCUGAGAGAGACUUGGACUCCAUUCCUGGAGCAAAACUCUUUUGUUGAAGUCCCCGGUACAGAACACAAAAAGACUGGCCGCCACACACCAGGACAUGAUGUACUGGCUGCAGGAGCUCCAGCAAAAGAGGUGGGAGUAUUGCCAUAGCCUCGACGCUGCCAAGCGCUACAGCCGGACGUCGCCCACCCCUGCCGGGUGCUCCAGGGGGCUGGUGGCCAAGGACAGUCCCGAUUGCACGGUGCUGCCCACAAAUGCUUCGGCGGAGAAAGCCCGCCACGUCCUCGCUGUCGAGAUCGCCCCCACGGAGCUGGUGGGGGAGCAAGCCGCCUGCCUGCCUGCCCCAGGCCAUCCCGGCCCCAUCAACUUCUCCUUGAGGCAGCUGGGCACUGACAUCAGGAAUUCUGUGUCUUCCUUAAGAACCGGGAAAGGAAGUGGCGAAAACCGCAGGAGUGUUUUUUACACAGAAGAAUGGGAAAUGCUGGACCCCACCCCCAAAGACCUGCAGGAGUCAGAGGCUCAAGAAGAAAAGCGAAGGCUGGCAGCCGAGUCCAGCAAAGGUGGGACCGGCUCAACCUUCCCCUUUGAUUUUGGCCGCCUCCCGCAAAAGGCCAGGCGUCCCCUGAAGGACCCCAUGGCUUCCAGCAAAGGCCGAGGCAGCCUGGAGGCCUCUCCUCUGGAGUGGAAUGGAGGCCGGCCAGCCGGAGAGGCGCAGCUGAAGUUGCAGAGUCAGCAGGAGAACCUGGAGCAGCUGAAGACGGAGCUGGCCAGCCAGAAGGAACUGGUGCGGCUCCUGCAGCAGACGGUCCGGUCCUCCCAGUACGACCGGUAUCUAGCGGGGCCCCUCUGCGACGGGAGCACCAAGGGCCACUUGGAACUGCUUCACCAGAAAGACCACCAGAUUUUGGGUCUCAACCAUCAGCUGGAGAAGCUGAACCUGGAGAAGGAGCACUUGCAGCAGGAGGUGGCUGGCCUGAAGUCCACGGUGGGGGAGCUGGGCGAGCAGCUGGACAUGCUGAUGGAGACAAUCCAGGCGAAGGACGAGGUGAUCAUGAAGCUCUCCAGGGAGCUGAGCGAGUGUGAAUCCUCCUGGCAAAGCGGAUCGGCCGACGCCUCCCCCCCCAUCAGCAAGGAGCAGCAGGAGCUCAACAAGCUGAAGGACAGCCUGCAGGGCUACAAAACCCAGAACAAGUUUCUAAACAAGGAGAUCCUGGAACUUUCUGCUUUACGGAGGAAUGCUGAGAACAGGGAGAAGGCGCUGUUGGCAAAGCACACCAGCCUGGAAGCCCGGAUGUGCCAGGUGGAGAGCAGGUACCUGGUUCUGCUGCAGGAGAGGAAGAUGCCGGUGUGCUCAGAGGAGCCAAACCCCAACAGCGACCUGGUGGCCCGGCUCUUGGAAGACGCCCUGAAGGUGGACAGCAGUGAGCAGCCCGAACAAGCUUACUUCAAGCCCCACAUGGUCAGUGAGUACGAUCUGUAUGGGUUCCAGACGGUCCCGGAGGACGAGGAGGAGGAGGAGAGGCUGGUGGCGAAGGUGCGAGCCCUGGACCUGAAGUCCUUGUCCCUCACGGAGCACCAGGAGAUGUCCACGGGCGUGAAGUGGGAGAACUUCCUGGCUGCCAGCGUGAACAGGGAGAUGGUCCGGACAGUGGAGCUGAAGAACCUUGUCCGGGCCGGGGUCCCCCAUGAGCACCGCUGCCAGAUCUGGAAGUGGUGCGUUGGCCUUCACGUGAAGAAGUUCAAGGAGAGAAGCGACUCAGACUACUUCCAGAGCCUGCUGCAGAACGCGCUAAAGAAGCAGAACCCGGCCUCCAAGCAGAUCGAGCUGGACCUCCUGCGGACUCUGCCCAACAACAAGCAUUACUCCUCGCCCACCUCCGAGGGCAUCCAGAAGCUGCGCAACGUCUUGCUGGCUUUUUCGUGGCGGAACCCAGACGUCGGCUAUUGCCAGGGGCUCAACAGACUGGCGGCCAUUGCUCUCCUCUACCUGGAGCAGGAAGACGCCUUCUGGUGUCUGGUGACCAUCGUGGAGGUCUUCAUGCCCCGGGACUAUUACACGAAAACACUCCUUGGCUCUCAGGUGGACCAACGUGUCUUCAAGGACCUGAUGAAUGAGAAGCUGCCCCGGCUGCACGCCCACUUCGAGCAGCACCGGGUGGACUUCUCACUCAUCACCUUCAACUGGUUCUUGGUUGUCUUUGUGGACAGCGUGGUCAGCGACCUCCUCUUCAAAAUAUGGGAUUCCUUUCUCUACGAGGGACCAAAGGUGAUCUUCCGGUUUGCUUUGGCCCUCUUCAAGUACAAAGAGGAGGAGAUCUUAAAGCUCCAGGACUCGACGUCCAUCUUCAAGUACCUGCGGUCUUUCACUCGCACAGUCCUGGAUGCCAGGAAGCUGAUGGGCAUCGCCUUCAGGGACCUCAACCCCUUCCCCCUGCGCCAGAUCAGGAACCGGAGGGCCUUCCACCUGGAGAAGGUGCGCCUGGAGCUGCUGGAGCUGGAGGCCAUGCGCGAGGACUUCCUGCGCGAACGGGAGACCCACCCGGAGAAAAGGGACCUAAUCAGCGAGGACGAGGAAGACGGCUGAAGGGACCUUGGGGGACCCCUUUGGGGGGGCUUUUUCCACAGCGCAGAACCUCAUGGGGAUUCGAGGGCAGAUUCCCAAAUCCAGCGUUUCACAAGAGAGGCGGUUCCUGCUCAGGUCAUCGUUCCAUGUACCCAGCACUUCAGAUUUCCUUUCAGUUGUGCAGCUGAGCUGUGAGUGUUUUCCUCCCUUUCAAAGCCUCUGACACAAUACUGAAAGGCCCGUCAUUUUAUGCCAAAUUCUUUAAAUUGUGCCAUUUUGGAGAGAGUUUCCUCGUCAUCUUAAACAAAUGAACCAAGUCACAGUGCUUCAUCAGGUGCUGGUAGCUUUGUGCGGCUUCAGAGACAUUCCACGGGGCCACCGCUCGGUCUUCCCACCUGGGGGCAGCAACCAGGGUUUCCAGACGGCUGCCAUCUCCCUUCUGGGCUCGGGUCCCCGUCUCCGUUGGAAACCAAGAAGGUGCUCCUUUCCCUGGCCUGGGGCUCUCGGAGGUGCCAUACCUCUCUGCAAAUGGCCAGCCCCAUCCACGCCCGGCUGGGUCUCUCCGGCACCAGCCUCCCUGGUCCUCGCGGUGAGAGCCUGUUGUUCCACAGACAGCAGAGGGGGUGGCAAACCCCAGCAAAGUUCCUGUUGGGGAGCCGGGGGACAGUUCAUCCCCGAAGAAUCCAGUCAUUCCAUUCUUCCCUACAGCUUUUGUUCUUCAAUACCCCCUCCACCCCGGAGAUCUUCCUCAGGGAAGAGAUUGGGAGCCCAAGGGGCCAGGAGCUCUGCCUCCUCACAGCCAGGACAUGUCUGCUCAGGCCAGACCCAAGCCACUUUGGAGGCAAAGAAGGCGCCCCACAGGGUGGCAGAGGAGGAGGGUGAAUCUUCCUGGGCGGGGUUUUGGCUGACUUGGCUCCCUGGAUCAAUGUUCGUGUCCUCAGUCAUUGUGUCGGCCAGUCUGGUGGGUUUCCUCAGGGGGGGGCUACCUGGGGUGCCCCAAGUCGUGUAACGCAAGGGUUCCUCCCCCUGCGUUCCUUGCAGUGGAGCCCAACGGCUGGACGUCUUCAUCAUCCAGAGGCCUCCCAGACUGUCAGCACUGAAGAGACCAAGAAAGGGAGACAGGCAGCCGCACGUGCACCCCAACACGCAGCCCCGGGGUAGCUUGAAGAUGGGUGGACCCCAACCCCCGGAAUUGCUCUGCUGGCUGGGGAGUUCAGGGAGCUGAUGUCCACCCAUCUUCAAGCUGCCAAGAUUGAGGAACACCGGAUUUCCAAAUAUGCAGGUCUCAAUUCCUGCUAUCAGGUUUUCCUUCCCUUUUUAUAAAGAACCCCAAACUCUGCUCUGUACUAUAUACGCAAAGUAUUUUAUGCAUGGUGUCUAUUCAAGCAGAAUGUAACCCACCCACCCCUACUUUUGCAGUUUGCACAAGCUUCACCGAGAUCGUCGAUUUUUCUGCCUUUCUUGCUGGAGGCCCUAGAACGACACACACACACACACACACCCGCCCAGAGGCCCCUUCCCUCUGGAGGUGGGGUCGCAAGUAGGGGUCCCGUAUCCUGCGAACAUCGCAGGGCUCACAGCCGGUGAAACCCCAGGCACAGGCUCCAGAACGGGGGUGGGGUGGAGCUUCUCUUCCACAUAGGACGAGUGCAGUCGGGGCUCCUGAGUUCAUUUGCCAAAUUUUUGCAACCUCUUGAAAAUAGACCAUUUCCUGUCUUUGAUUUUUAAAGGCUUUUGAUCUUCAUUCCUGUCUGGUUUUGUCUGACCAAUCCUAGUAAAUAAAUGCACAUGACCACC